AUGACCGAUAGAACGUUCAAUGGCGCACAUCGUCGAUGGGACGAAGAUGUGUUUGGAUGGCAAUUAUUUCACGACCGACGGCAUAAUUUAGUCUACUAUUUGCAUAGCUACACAGGAGAAGUACGAUGGCCUCGACCUGAGACUGUGGGCUUCGUAAUGCACGGAUUGAAGCCAUUACCUGCUCAAGCUAUUGAUACUAGAUGCGAUACAAAUGUUGUCAAUCCAGACAUCUGGAGUCCGUAUUAUCCACACGUAGUGAUGCUACCUUCUGGCUUAGUGCAAGUGCAUCCAGGUUCUGAAUCCAACCCCGAGUUACGAUGCGGGUACAAUCGAUUCCCUCUUAAAGGUAGCAGCGUCUCUCUGGAUCAUAAUACACAAAGGGUUCGAAUGUUGCCGCCAACGUGGGAAACCUCGCGCAAUGAGCUACCCUUUUUGCCUCCGUAUCCAGUGGCAAUUUUAGGUCAAAACGACAAAGAGAACAAAUCUCGAUUUGCAUCGACAGCGUGUGUGCAACGACCGCACGAGACAACGUAUUCACGUAGUUAUCUAUCGCUACAGACCGGUGAAUUUGGACAAGUCCUGCGACCAAUGGACUGGUCGUCAACUCUCAGAUUUAGCUCGACAAUUACUCCUUUUACCGUUCGAAAGCAAUCAGCGUAUCUAUUAAAGGGGCCAUCUUCGAUAAUGAAGAAAAAAGAGCACAAUCGAAAAGGGUACCUUCUUCGUUUGGCGCGUAAACAAAUGCGUGACAACAACUCCGAUUUAGUGGCAUCGGCAUCAAACUCGAGUGCAACGAUAUUAACGCGACAACGCUGGAUACCACGGAUUCCAACCUCGCCUAGAGCAAGAAACAAACUACCUGAUCUCGUGCUGGUAGAAACGCAAGAAAACGAGAAUGAAUGA